UAAUGGGUCACACAGUACACGUCAAAGACAAACAGCAUGACCUAGCGCGUUACAACGAGUUACAAUAAUUCUGAAUUUCUUUAGUUAAAAUCAUUACGUGUAAACAAUAAAAUGCUACAAGAUUACGAGCUGUAUCUUCAGCUCUGCGAAAAACGGGGAAUCAAGUCACCCCCAGAAUUAUUGCAGGCGAUCAAAAACUCAGGUGCAACUGGUGAACUGCAACUCUCCUGUAUUUCCAUACUUGUUCCACUUUGCGAAAUCAUUGGUCAAGUAUUGAUAUCCAGUUCGGCUAUAAAACGCAUCGAUUUGAGCGACUGCAUGCUGCUUUCUAAAGGACUUAGUUGCAUUUUGAACGCCUUAUGCGAGGGGUCAAAUAUAACGUCGUUGAAUUUAAAAGGCAACAACAUAAACGGCCCAGUGAUUGCUCUCCUCGGACAAGUCUUAAUCCACAAUAAUACCCUGAAGCAAUUAAACUUAGAAUGGAACAGCGUCGGUUCCCACGUUGAUUCUUUCACUAAAUUUUGCGAAGGUCUGACUAAGAAUCACAACAUACAGGAAUUAGAUUUACGAUAUAAUCAAAUAUCUCCGUACUGCGCGGAGGCUUUGUCAAAAGUCCUGAAAUGGAACAAAUCUUUGAGAAUUAUCGACCUCGCGUGGAACACGAUUGGACUUCAAGGAGGCCAGCUUCUUUUAUCCGAAAUUCAGAAUAAUAAAAUGAUAAUAAAAUUAAACCUUCACGGCAAUUGCAUUCCCAAUAAUAUUCUGGAAGCCAUAGAAGAACGAGCACGAUGCAAUCAAAGUCGUCAGGUCAUUUCCGCUACGAAUAUAUCCAAAGGAAUUGAAAAAGCCAAGUCAUUUUUGUCAAAAGAGGAACCAAAAAUCAAUGAAAUUUCCUUCACUGAUAGCGAUACAACGAUUGAGACACGUCUAAGGUUUCGAAAAAAGAUAAAGAAAAGGACCCAAAGAAUGUUCCAAAAAAACAAGGCUACUGCGGUGAGCACGUCGGAAAAUUCUAGUGGAAAAAGUGAGACGGAAUCAAACGCUUCAUUAAAGGAUCUUGUGGUAGUAAGGGAAGAAAAUUUAGUCAAGGAUAAACCGCACCGAGUUUCUUCCGAAGAAGAUACGAAUAUUAUGGAAGAGAACCUAAGUAAAAAGGAUGUGGCUGGCUCAGAUAAAAUAAAGGAGCUCAAUCAGAUCUUGCAAGAUCGUACAACCGCGAUAAAUUUAUUGACGAAUGAGAUAGCCGUCAAAACAGCCGAAAUAGAAGCGGUUAAAUCACAAGCCGAUCAAUUACGUACGGAAAUUGGUCAGCUUAAAGAAACCCAUGAUAAGUUAGCAAGAGAUAACACGAAGGAAGUUGUUAAACUAAGAGAAGACCAUCAAGCGGCUGAGGAGAACUGGAAGAAAGUCCAUAAUGAAUUAAAUGAACGGGAGGAGAAAUCUACGGUACAAAAAAAAGAAUUGGAAAUGAAAGUGCGCCGUUACGAAAGAGAUAUUCACAAAAGUACGCUAGAAAUCGCAAAUUUGCGUGAAAAAAUUGUCUCUAUUACCCAGACUUAUGAUGAUCUGAUUUCUAAGGACAAAAUUGAGCUGCACAGGUUGAAAAGGGAACUCAAAGAACGAGAAAAUAGGCAUAAAAAUGAAAUGAGCAUCCUUAAAAAUACCCUCAAAGACACUACCCAAGCUUUAGAAGACUGUCAAAUGCAGCUACAGAAGAGUAGAACUGAAAUUCGAGGACUAAUUGAGGAUCAGAUACUUUUGAAGGAAAAAAUAACGGAGUUUGAACACGCCAACGUUAGAUACACGAGAUCGGAAGAAUCGCUGCACAAAGUAAAAGAGGAGAAAGAAAAUCUGGAAGAAAAGCUUUUGGAGGUCCAACGCGUUGCUAACAAUUUACAACGUCAAGUCGUUGCCUUACAGAGCGAACUCGUAGAGCCUCAAAGGCGGUAUGAACUCCUGAACGAUGAGCUCCUACAAGAGAAACAAAAAACUAGUAGACUGAAGGAAGAAUUAUCAGAGGAGAGAGAACGAACAAAAGAGCAAAAUGUGCAGAUCCAAAAAAUGGCUCUGCAGAUCACCGCACUUAAUACACAAAUAAACGAUAUACAAUCCAGUCACGCUGAAACUCUCAGGGAAAGGGAUAAAGAGAGAAAACAACUCAAGGAGAUCAUUGCCACCAAAGAACGCGACAUCAAUGAUCUAAAAGCAGAGGAAGUGCAAAGAGCUGGACAACUUUACGCAGCGUUUAACAAAUAUCUCGGGUCCAGAGGACCAAGCACGGUUUUAUGACGAAAAAUUGUUCGAUUGUGAGUAAUGACCCCUUCAUCAAGAAACUCAGCUCGCAAUUGUCUAUACUUUUCCAGAUUUCUAUUUUUUAUACAUUUAAUAUAUACGUUAAACUUA